GGAGAGAAUCCGCAGAGCUCGGCAUCGCCAUCCUCUGUUGCUGAGUUCGUGCAGUAGAGCCGUUCCGAACCGAGCUUCCGAGACACCGGAGAGAUGAAAGAUCGCACCCAGGAGUUGCGGGCUGCAAAGGACAGCGAUGAUGAUGAUGAAGUCAGCGUCAAUGUGGACAGAGACCACUUCAUGGAUGAGUUCUUCGAACAGGUUGAAGAAAUUCGCCAAUUCAUAGACAAGAUCUCUGAGAACGUGGAAGAGGUGAAACGGAAGCACAGUGCAAUCCUCGCGGCACCAAAUCCCGAUGAAAAAACAAAGGAAGAAUUGGAAGAACUAAUGACGGAUAUUAAGAAGACAGCAAAUAAAGUCCGCUCCAAGUUAAAGAGUAUUGAACAAAGCAUAGAACAAGAGGAGGGACAGAACAGAUCCUCAGCCGACUUGAGAAUACGCAAGACACAGCACUCCACGCUGUCUCGUAAAUUUGUGGAAGUGAUGUCCGAGUACAAUGGUACGCAGACUGACUACAGGGAGCGCUGCAAAGGACGAAUCCAACGACAACUAGAAAUCACUGGAAGAACGACCACAAAUGAGGAACUGGAAGACAUGCUGGAGAGUGGGAAUCCUGCUAUCUUCACAUCUGGGAUCAUCAUGGAUUCCAAUAUCACGAAGCAGGCACUUAAUGAGAUUGAAACACGACAUCAUGAGAUCAUCAAACUGGAGAACUGUAUCCGGGAACUGCACGAUAUGUUCAUGGACAUGGCAAUGCUGGUGGAAAGCCAGGGUGAUGUGGUCAACAGUAUUGAGAGGAACGUUGCCAUUGCAACAGAUUACAUUGGACAGGCAAAGGACAACACAAAAAAAGCAGCUAAUUCUCAGAGUGCCAGCAGACGGAAAAUGAUCUUUAUAGGAAUUUGCAUUGCUGUGGUACUGUUGGUUCUCAUCAUUGCUUUGGCUGCGUCUCUCAGUUAAUGCUCCAAAGCAGCAUGAUCCCAUCGAAUCAUCCUGACUGAGACUAAGGCUGGGCUCUUGUUCCAUGAAUGCUUAAGUGAAAAGGAAAGACAACAGCUCACCAUUACUGAGCAUUUCCAUUUCAUUUUGUCAACACCUAGGAUUGUCCAGAAAGGUCUGCUUGCAGCCACCGAGAACAUUAUUCCGGUUUGAGUUCUACUCUCCAGUGCGGACUUUGUUUGCUUUGGCAUCUCUAUAAACUGAAGAGAAACAUCAGGAUUCAAGCUGCAUUGAUUUAUAUAUCGUAUAUUGAUUUAAUUUCAAUGCUGAGAUUUUAGAAACAUUAAAUUAAACCUUGCCUUAACGGAUUAUGAACCAUGAUUUUGCCAAUUUAUCAGGUCACUGUGGAUCCAGGUGUGGUUCUGCUGUAACAGAUUCUUUAGAUCAAUUACUCCCCACUCACUUAAUCCCCAUUCUGUGACUUUCUCUGACUUGCCUUUCUGGUUUUCUUCCAUUACUCUUCCUCUCUUUCACUCUUCCCUCUUUGACUCUGUCUCUCUUCAAACUUCCACCCUUCUCUGCAAACACCAACCAAGUUUCACAAGAUGAAUGCAGAAUUAGUCCCCUGAUCCUGCUCUGUCAUUCAGUGAGAACCUGGAAGAUCUGAUACUUCACAUAUGCGCCUCCUUGGGGAGAAAAAGCCACAUCCCCAGUGACCCCCGGCAAUUCCUGACCACGACUUGUAGAAAAGGAGCAUUCAGCAUGGCACCGAGAACUAUAGAUUCAUACAUCAGGACAUAGAAGCACAGAACAAUCAUCAGAACGAACUCAUAAGCUACCUACUCACUCACCCUAAUAGCCAGCUCCUGCUCAAUUUGUGAUAGAGUCUGUCAAUGCCUCAGCAUCCACCUCAGAACGAGGGUAAAACAAGUCAUCCUCAAUGCCAAGGGCCUAUCUAGUAAAAAGAAUCCUUAUUCCAAUUGGUUAAUAAAAUUAAAUAUAAUAAUUCAAACUUCUACCAAUACUUAUGUGUGCAUAUGUACACUGGGCUCAUUCCUGUACAGUAUUCAAUUUUUAAACUCUCCUAUUUCACUCUAAAUGUCAAAAUCAGUGGGAAUAUUUUUCUUUACUUAGUAUAUGUUCUGUAUAAUAUCUUGAAAACUUGCAUCAGAUAACCCUUUAACCUAUGA